AUGAUCUUCCUGCCAUAUCUUGCCGUGGCCCUGUCGAUCGGGGCCCCAGCCGCCCUUGGUCGUGCCCUCGGCGAUCCACUACAGCAAUCCCUUACGGUUGAAGAGCCCGGAUGCGAUGGGUCUGGUUUGGUGGAUCCCGAUGGGCGUUGCAAUGGAGACGGCAUCAUUCACGAUCCAGCUCCGCGUGACCGGGAAGGAUUUCACUUCGAGAAUCCGUCCACGGACUGCAGAUUCGUGUCGCAGAUGCAUAUCUGGGAUUCCUUUAAAGACCUCGAGAAGGACAUGAGCAAGCUGUUUACGCUGAUCCACAAAAAUGUCAGCUUUACCGUUGUCGGCCACCAUCCCAUUGCAGGCCACUACCAUGAUCUACUACACUUCUACGUGAACGCUUUGCGCCGAGUCAGCGUGCUCUUCCUCGACCAUGUGGACAAGUUCGAGAUCCACCCUCAAGCCAUCCAUGGCGGCUGUAAUAGCCAGUGGUCAGUACAGGAAAUCAAUUUUAAGGGCGUAAUGAAUUCUGGCGAUGAAUUCGACAUUGUCAAUGUCUGGGUUACCCGUUGGUUUAGGAAGCAGAUGGUCGAGAUCCGGACCUACAUUGACGCGCCACGAAUCAUGGACGCUCUAUACAAGAACGAAAUCUGGUGGAAUGGAACCACCGUCCGAGACAACGUCCAGUACAUGCCGGGACCGGCGGGAAUGCCGGAUUUGAAGCAGCUCGAAGAUCUAAUGGGCUACCCGGAUGGGCGCAAGUACGAGGAGUGA